AAUACUGGAUUUCCGUCGUGUCCCUCCAGUGGUUGGGAGAUUGAUGAACAUCACUAAGGAAAUUUUAGAAGUUACCAAGAAUGAAAUCCUACAAAGUGUCUUUUUUGUUUCACCUGCCAGCAACGUGUGUUUCUUUGCCAAGUGUCCUUAUAUGUGCAAGACGGAAUAUGCCGUAUGUGGGAACCCUCAUAUGCUGGAAGGAUCUCUUUCUGCUUUCCUGCCAUCCCUCAACCUGGCUCCAAGAAUCUCCAUCCCAAACCCAUGGAUCCGAUCCUACACCUUUGCUGGAAAAGAGGAAUGGGAAGUGAAUCCACUUUAUUGCAACACAGUGAGGGAGGUUUAUCCUUAUAGCAGCGGCAGCCGGCUACUCAAUAUAAUUGACAUGGCAGUAUUUGACUUCUUAAUAGGCAACAUGGACCGUCAUCAUUAUGAGAUGUUCACAAAGUUUGGGGAUGAUGGCUUUUUGCUUCACCUGGACAACGCAAGAGGAUUUGGGAAACACUCCCAUGAUGAAAUCUCCAUUCUGGCUCCGCUCAUACAGUGCUGCCUAAUAAAGAAGACAACAUUAUUACGGCUACAACUCUUAGCUCAGCCAGACUACCAACUCAGUGAUGUUAUGCGGGAAUCCUUGCUUCAGGACCGCCUCACCCCUGUGCUUACAGAACCACACCUUCUGGCACUGGACAGGAGGUUACAGAUAAUUCUGAAGACUGUGAAGAAAUGCAUAGAGACCAAUGGAGAAGACACAGUUGUAGCUAACUCUGAGUCUUUGGAGCCACCUGUAUUUGGAACGUCAUGAUGAAGUCAGAACCCAGGAGGAAACAGGGACAUGAACUUAAUUGUUUAUUCUCAUGUAUCCAGGAAAAUUGGAUUGGCAUGGGCAAGGUCUCUGGAAGAUCACAAGUUAUGAACUGAGCUGCUGGGAGUGUAGUAGGAGCUGCAACUCCGGUGAUCAGUUGCUAACAUACUUAUUUUACCCUGAUCCCCACUACCAAUUAUCUUUGUGCCUGUGCUGCAGGAGACAACCAAAACCCCAGCAAUAUGUAACA